GCUGAAAAUUUGAAUUUCAAGAUAAAGUAACCUGAACGACUCGAAACAUGUUUCUUAUAGGUUUUCGACAAUGCUCUUUCCAGUGGCAUCGUUUUUAAAUAUUGAGAAAGUUUUCUGAAGGGUUUUCUAGAGACUGGAUCUCUGGAAAACUCCUUAGAAAACUUUUUCAAAACCCAACUCUCAUGCCAUUACAAAGAGGAUCAUGAAAAACCUAUAACAAAAUGGUUCAUGAAAUUUUAGUUCACUCAUAAAGUUAAAGUCCGCCUGCUCUAGCAAAAAAUGCCCACUGUGGGCCAACAUCCAUAGUGUAUAUGGUAAAAGUUUCAGCUUCAUCUGACUUAUUGCUCGGGUGAUAUAGAAUUUUUAUUGAAAAAGUCCUAUUUUUCUCAUGUGCAACUGCCUUCCCUCGUGGCAUCUGUAACUCUCGAAGGGAGCAUUGCAAAGGCGUGAAAAUGUUUUUAUAACCUCACCUUUAGGUAGGUAUCUGUGAUAAAAAUUUCAGCGCGAUCUGAGAUGAUCCGUAUAUGGUCCGUCUGACUCUGCCAGACAAUGGCUCUUAAGUGAUUUGUCAAGUAUUGCUGACGUGUCUUUAGCGACAUGUGUGUGGCCAAUCUGGCCGAAUGAGAGCAGAAAUUUGAUUUGAUCAACUUUUGAUUCAAAGCAACACUGAAGCAUACGAAAGCAAAGCAAUAUAAAAAAAUGACGAAUCAAAGAACCAAAACUUGCAAAAAGACAUUUUUGUGCAAGAAAGCAUUAAUCUUUCUAAGCGAAGCGAUUGAAGGUAACACAACCACUUUGGAUUGAUUUUUGGUUGUACUUGUUUGGGGGGGGGAUCAGAAGUAAAAAAAUUUAGUUCUUGUACGGAGAAAAGUCGUGUCUAGAGCAUCGGAUUCCUUUUCGUCAACAGAAAGGAAUUUAAUUGGAAGAAAGAAAUCAGCAUGUCACCUCGACUCCUGAUCUCAAUUUUUAUCAUGCUCACUUUUGUGAAAAAUAUGUAAUUCAUUUAUAAAAAAUAAUCGAAUUUAAGGUUUAACAACAACAGUAGCAUCAUCGUCUUCUUCAUGUUCAACAUCAACAUUAUUACUAUUGCCCAAUGAACUUAUUCUAUUUAUCUUUCUUUACUUACAACCAACAGAAAUUAUUGAAAUAUUCUUCAAUUUGAGUACACGAAUAAAUAAUUUAAUAUUCUCUGAUAAACAUGUAAAUGAAAUUGAUUUAACUCAUGUUGAUCAAGUAUGGUUAGACAAAUAUUUAUCCUUUAUACAGCCGUGUACAAAUAAGUUAAAAUUUAAACAAAAACAAUUAUCGAUAUUAUUUGAGGGUGAGGCUCAAUGGACAAAUUAUUAUAAUCUAAAUAUGGAGAGUUUAUUAUCUGACAAUACUAUGAAGUAUCUAAUCAUUUGUGGCGAACAGCCAAAAGCAAGGUUCCGUCUAUAUAUUACAAAUCCAGAAUUGUCUGCCACAUGUACACAUAAUAAAGGUUUAGAUGGACAUAUAUUUGACACUAAAAAGACUGCUACAGUAGAGAAAUGUAUCAUUGGUGCGUAUCGUCGCGAGUUCUUCGUUACCUUUACAGCACAUCCAAGUUAUGCGCACUAUGAAACUGAAACGCCUACAUUUAACGUACGAGCAAAAAUAUAUUUAACAUUAAUAAAUUAUUGGUCAUUAAUAGUUGAAAACAAACCAUAUAACGGUGCACUGCCACAAUCAUUAUCUACUAAGAAGGCAUAUUAG